UUAGGUUUGGGUUAGUUAUAGACUCUAAGUCUACCCAAUUUCAUGCAGUCAUGAGUUCAUCAGAAGAAGUUAAAUCUGAGACAUCCAACGAGACAGCCUCUGAUGCGGAUAGUUCAAGUCCACCAAAUUCAACACUUCCUAGGUGCACAUCUCAGUGGGAUAGUUGUUUUGUUGACAAACUAGGAGUGCGGCAGAUAGAGGAAGACAUACUCGAUAUUAUCCUACAAAGAUGGCGUUUGGUUUGUUUGACCGAGGAAGACGAGAAGGUAGUAGAUGAGUGCCUUCUCGCCUGCGAUUUUGAAUUAAAUUACUUAUCCUUGGAGGAUGCGAAACAUAUCUAUGAAAAUGCCUGGGUACUGACCCCCAAGCAGGUGGCAAGGAUGACACGUUUUCCAUUGCUUAGCAAGUUUCUUAUGAAACUAGAUGACUUCUAUUUCAUACUGGCAGAAAUAGUUCUUGGAAAUGAUUCAGAAUCAGGAAUAUCUGAAAGCAGAUAUGAGACAUUAUUUGAAAAGCUCUUGCAACUCUUUGGAUUAUACACUUUGAACCACUCUUUUAUAAGUACUGAAAAAGCUAUGAUCCGAGGGAGAACUAUGUCCUCUAAAGCUGACAUAACCGUGUAUUCCCAAGUGAGACAAAAACAAAAAUCGGAGAGGAAAGUGGUUUUCAUUUGUGAGGUAAAAAAAAACCUGCAAGAAGAUGAGCUAGAUUCUUCCCCUCCAAGGAAGAAACAAAGAUCUUCCAGCACCCAAGAACAAGAAGAACCUGAAUGUUCUUUCAGAGAUCAAGAUCUUUGGAUGCAACAUAUCGGGCAGCUUUUUGUUUACCUGGAUUCGUCUUUGAGCUUGCAGGGGACACUUGGCUUCACUGUUGAAAAGACUUGGGUACGAGUUACAUACCUUGAGGUGACUAAGUCGGCUAAGAGGAAAAUUAAAAAUACCCCUGGUAAUAGAGUUGGAACUCUGGAAUAUGAGGAAGGGGAGCAACCUAAACUUUUUUACAGUAAACGCUACAAUUUUUUAAACAGAAAAGAUCGCAAAGUCUUGUUCAAAGCACUCUUACUCAUAAGGACUAUGCAGGAGAAGCAAGACAAAGUUGUAAAUUAGGAGAACUGAACUUCAGAAAAAAUUGGAUGAACGACCUAGGAGCUACAGUUCCUUGUGUGUUAAAAAUGCAAAAGUAUUGUGGUUUGUUUACAUGAAAAACUCUUGGAGGUUAGCGUGUUUAAGAGAUUAUUGAAAGGUUUAAUGGUAUUAAUUAUUUUCACAGAAUGUGUGCGAAUAUAAGGUGAAUCAUUCCAAAACUAGCGCAAAAGUUAUCAAAAGAACCUCAAAUCCAAAUUCCAUCAACCGCUUCUGUUCUGUAUAUUCACAAUGUCUAGGAUGACUAUUCCAAAACUGGAUCACAUUGUAGCAAUUUUAUUAACUGUUACCAUAGGUAACGCAAAAAAAAAUCUGAAUCCUACAAAAUAUACAUUAAUGCAUUAAAUUUAGAACUGUCAAAUCAACAACCAUUUUACAGCAUGAAUGAUCUUACUAUUGUUCUUGUUAUUGUACCAUUUCAAAUGACUAAAAAAAUCUUUGUCAUUUUUCUAGGACAAUUCGUUAAUGUUGACACUGUUCAAGGUUACUAUUCUAAAACCAGAAUACCUGUGUAGUAUUAAGAUAAAUAGUAAUCCUGCACAGCAAAAACAAAGUCUGAAUGCACAUUAACAUGCAACAGUGCCUUAAAGGGUUUGUGACUGAUAUAUCAUCAAAAGUUUUGUUUAAAAUCAUAUUUCCUCAAAUUCACACCAUCUGCUGAAUACCAAGGUUUCCUUUCCUUAUCUUACUAUUGCCCUAGAUUUCAAGAGAGCUAAUAUGUUUCAUUGCAUUUUCCUCGAUUUUUAUACUAUUGGAGGUCAAUAUUCCACACCUGGAUCACCUUGAUUUUGUUAUAUUUAUUAGUAUUAAUUUGUAAAACGAACAAAAUACUACAGCUCAGAAACGUAUGUGAGGCAUAUGUAUCUACUAUAACUUUAAUAUUUUUGGAAUACUGUCAUUUAUACUUGAUUCAAGCUCAGUUUUGAUUGCAAAGUUCUCUUCCUUCUUUGUCAUUUUUCUCAGACAAUUCGUUAAUAAUGAUACUGUUCAAGGUUACUAUUCUAAAACCAGAGUACCUGUGUGGUAUUAAGAUAAAUAGUAAUCCUGCACAGCAAAAACACAGUCUGAAUUCACAUUAACAUGCAACAGUGCCUAAAAGGGUUUAUGACUGAUGUAUCAUCAAAAGUUUUGUUUAAAAUUAUAUUUCCUCAAAUUCACACCAUCUGCUGAAUACCAAGGUUUCCUUUCCUUAUCUUACUAAAGAACCUUAAAUCCAAUUUUCAUCAUCCUUUUCUGUAUAUUCACAAUGUCCAAGGUGAAUAUUUCAAAACUGGAUCACGUAGAUAUUUCAUGAACUGUAAUCAUCUCCCUUGAAAUCAUACUCUAUGUUGAAUAUCAAGCUUUUCUAUUUGUAUUUGACUAUUGGUACAGAUUACAAGAGGCUUUAUAUACUGUAUAAGACACAUUCGUUUUUGAAUACGUACCUGACAUCAUUCCAAAGGCUUAAGAGAAAAUGUCACCAAGUUUCUUGGUAUUUUCCUGGAUAUUUACACUGUUGGAGGCUAAUAUUCCAAAACUGGACCACCUUGAUGUCGCUAUAUUUAUUUGUAUGCAUGUGUAAAACGAACAAAAUGCUAAAGCUCAGAAAGGGAUUGUUAUGUAAAUGUACCUACUAUAACUUCAAUAUUUUUCAAAUGGUGUCAUUUAUCUUUAAGUGAAUCUGUUUUUUAAAUACAAAGUUCUCUACCUG